GAAGACAGCGGAUUCCUGAAAAAAUUGCCUCUCGCCGUCGUCAUUUCAACGGAUAACGGACUAAAUCGUGUUCAAGUGAUUGUGACUAUAGAUUUUCCGUGACUUUACAUACAGUUUUUCCAGACUUUUCCCGUCUAGCGCUACAUCAUUUUUCGCGGAUACCCCUUGUGGGGAUUGUAUUCAUUCCGAGAAGCUGAACUUAAUGGAUCCCAACAAGAAAAGUUGACUUGCUGGAAAUAUGAGAGCUUUUGCUAUUGCAUUUAGCCGCAAAAUGCCGAACGGAGUCGUUUUUUUGCUUCUGGCCACGGUUGCUUUCGUUUCUGCCAAGGAAAUUACCUUAGACGACACCCGUGCAGUAAUAAAGGCUUCAACUAACGAGCGAAUAAAGCUGAUAUGUGGACUGAAACCGAAAAAUCAAAUUCAACCUGUCCGAUGGUACAAAGACGGUCAACUGCUGAAUGGCCAAUCUAAAGUCAAACCUUCAAUGAAAAUGAUAUGGCAAAUACGAGGAUUCCAAGCAGUGGACGCCGGAGUUUAUGCAUGUCGAGCCGGUGAUGACAAUGGUCAAGAAUUCAGCGUCACUAUUAAUCAUAUUGAUCCUGAAUUAGCAGAAUACCAAUCUGAUGCCGAAGCACAAAAGGUGAUGUCUGAAACGUUAUCGCAUCAAAAAGCAGCUUCACUUAGUAAAAUGACACCGCCUUUACAAAAUAAUACAAUGAAGCUACUUGAGAAAGAUCCUUAUUACAUUACCACAAAAGAAGACGAAGAAGACGAAAACAAUGAAAACCAUUCCGAUGCUAAACACACAGAUAAUCGAACUGUUGAUAAGUUUCCUCCGAGAUGGAAGAAUCCUUCAAGAAUGUUUGUUAUGGAAAUGAAACCUGCUGGUAACUCCGUUAAACUGAAGUGUGUUCCAGAUGGGAAUCCUACGCCGAAUAUAACUUGGUACAAAAAUAAUGGUCAACCUAUUGUGAGAACUUACUCUUCUCCAGUGUUUGGAAAAUGGGCUAUGGUUCUUGAAGAGCUGACAAAAACUGACAACGGGAAUUACACAUGUGUUGUGUGCAAUGAACUAGGCUGUAUUAAUCAUACUAUAGAGUUGACUGUACAAGAACGUCUAUACUCGAAGCCAGUGACCACCCAAGGUGCGAGCAACUUGACAGUGUUGGUAGGUGACACUGCAAGAUUUGGGUGCAAAUUUCUUACUGACAUGCAUCCUUAUAUUUACUGGAUGUAUUUUGGCAAAGACGAAAUUAUAUACCAUGAGCCUAGCGAUAAUAAAGAAAAGGAGUGGGUGGUUUACAACGAUAGUACCAGAGUAGUGAUGAGUCAAAACCCGUUAGAUAAACCCGAAACACUGACAUUGUACAACGUUACGAAGAAGGACGAAGGGUGGUAUGUUUGUGUUGCCAUGAAUCAUCUGGGAAAUGCCACAGCUAAAGGUUAUCUUUCAGUAGUCGAUUCAUAUCCUGUUACAAAACAAGCUGCUCUUGAAAACGGCAAACACGCGUUGCUAAUUAAUAUCUUGACAGCCGUACUAGGAGCCAUGUUUUUUGUAGCUGCCAUUAUAGUAGUGAUGAUCUUCAAGAAGUUAAAGCGAGAAAAGAUCAAAAAGCAGCUCGCUAUAGAGACCGCAAGAGCUGUUAUCGUUACGCAUUGGACAAAGAAAGUCACAGUUGAAAAACCUCAGAUCAAUGGAUCUAAUGUGGAUGCUAGCGAAGGUUUGUUGAUGCCUGUAGUAAAAAUAGAGAAGCAGAAGCUGUCGCAAGUGCAAAGUAAUACACCCGAUUCGAUGAUGAUGUCAGAAUAUGAAUUACCGGUGGAUGUGGAUUGGGAGGUGCCAAGGGAGACACUGUCUUUAGGCAAAAUCCUAGGAGAGGGAGAAUUCGGAAAGGUCGUGAAAGCUGAAUGCGUCGGUAUUCUGAAACCAGGUGUCCCGUCUGUAGUGGCUGUAAAAAUGUUAAAAGGUAGGUACGAUAUUAUUUAUUUAUUUACGAAACGCUCACAGCGAAAUAGACAGAUGACAAUAUGUAUUUUUUUUAUUUUAGAAGGUCAUACGGAUGCAGAAAUGAUGGCAUUGGUAUCUGAAAUGGAAAUGAUGAAAAUGAUUGGAAAACACGUAAAUAUUAUAAAUUUACUCGGCUGCUGCACGCAAGAUGGUCCACUUUAUGUCAUUGUUGAAUAUGCACCAAACGGCAAUCUUAGAGAAUUCCUACGAAAUCAUAGGGCAGGAAACCGAUACGAAUCACCGAUACAGGAUUUGAAAGACAAAAGAACACUAACACAGAAGGAUCUAGUCUCAUUUUCGUACCAAGUUGCGAGAGGAAUGGAAUAUUUAGCAUCAAGGAGGUGCAUCCAUCGCGACUUGGCUGCAAGAAACGUUCUCGUUUCCGACGAUUGCGUCCUCAAAAUAGCAGACUUCGGUCUUGCAAAAGACGUUCACAGCAACGAUUAUUACAGAAAGAAGACUGAAGGCCGCCUGCCCGUUCGGUGGAUGGCACCAGAGUCACUUUACCACAAAGUAUUCACCACGCAGACGGAUGUUUGGUCGUUUGGCGUGCUCCUAUGGGAGAUCAUGACACUCGGCGGCACUCCAUACCCAACUGUGCCCGGGCAGUACAUGUAUCAACAUCUGAGCGCAGGACAUCGCAUGGAGAAGCCACCAUGCUGCAGUCUUGAAAUAUACAUGCUAAUGCGUGAAUGUUGGUCUUUCUCGCCUGGUGACAGACCGUCAUUUACGGAGCUGGUUGAGGACCUUGAUAAAAUCCUGACCGUCACGGCGAACCAGGAGUACCUGGACCUUGGACUUCCUCAACUUGACACUCCACCUUCAAGUUAUGACGGUUCUGGUGAUGAGAGUGAUAGUGAAUUCCCUUUCAUAAAGUGAAGGACAGCGACACCUGAUGAAUUCUGAAGUAUAAAUAAAAUAUUGGAAAGCAACAUCUUACUAAGUAUAUAUCUUUUGAAGAUCACAGUAGGUAGUGAUAAUUCAUGUCUUGAUAUUGUAAAAAGUUAUUUAGUACCUAUUUAAUACCUAUUAAUUUACGAUCAAAUGAAUCUUUUCUAAGUAUACACUAAUAAUACUUAAGUUGGUGUUCGGGAUUCUGAAUAAGUAGUUUAUUUUAUUUGUUAGUAAAUUUGUGUCAUCCCACCUGAUUUUUUGCGCUGUUAGUGUACCUACGUAAUGCUGAAUACUCUAUACUAUACUCUCAAGUGUAUGUAUGCUAUAGAUUGUAAAAAAAUUCCUAAGUAGGUAAGUAUAUAGAUCCCUAUUUCAGUCUAAGAAGUAUAUAAUAUAGAUCCUAUCUAAC